CGUUAGCAAUAAAUUUGAGUGCAAAAUAAUUUACAUUUAAAUUCUAAUUUAAAAUUCGUUGAUAAUUUAUAUUACUUAUUGUUUAAAAUGCCUCCGAACACAAUUGAAGUGGCUGUGAUCCCUGACAUAAGCGUGGUUGAUAUGAAGCCACAAAAACCUAACUUAGAUCAAACUCAAGUGUCUGACGAUGGAUACAAGUUGCAAAUAUUUCAGUCGUCACUUAAUCUUUUUACGCAUAUUCUCAUAGGUGCAACUGUUGGUAUCUGUUUAAUGUUCGCUUUUCGCAAUGGGGUCCCUUUGAGCGCUACGAACAUGCACAUAGUGUUGUGUGUCAUUGGUUAUCAGCUGCUGAUGGCUGAAGCAAUCCUUUCGCUUGCGCCAGAAAACGGCUGGUCAGCAAAACUGACUCUACUACACAAACGCAGAGCACAUUGGGUUCUCCAAAUUGCUGGUUCUGCACUGGCUAUCAUUGGGUCUAUCAUCAAAAUCCUGGACAAAAAUGUCCACUGGAACACUCUUCAUGGACAGUUUGCUCUCGUGGCACUUAUCUUCACUGGAGUAAGUUUGGUUAAUGGCCUGUCGUCUCUUUACGCCUAUGAGCUGAGGCGCGUCAUCCCUGGCAACCUGUCCAGGUUAACCCACAUCUGUUUUGGCACCGUGGCCUUCGCUGCAGCAGCUAUUAGCCUCUGCUACGGAAUGGACAAAGGCUCCUUCAGAAACUGGGCCACUCCUUCCUUCGCUUACACCAUCAUGUCUUUCGUCGCUACUUUGACCUUCAUUACCAUUAUCAGUCCUUUACUUACUUUUGGUAGGAAAUCUUUGAAUUUUAUUAAGUGAUAGGUAUUAUUAUAUAGAUAUAAGUAGACAGGUAUGUGAAUGACUUUGUUAGAACACUCUGCAACAAUGUAAUGCAACAUUUUGUCAGUUAUGAGAAACUAAACUGGAAUCUCAACAUUCAUCAGACUUAAGUACAAACAUACAAAAUACGCUUAAUUCUUAUCGCCGUGAGCAAAGCCGCAAGUCAUUAAAAUAUAACCCUAACACUUGGUUUUAAAAUUCUAAGAUGGAUAUUAUGUAAGUCACCCUAUUAACCGGAACAUCAUCAUCACCCGUACGACACCCACUGCUGGGCAUAGGCCGCCAAGGAUCUCCACGACGAUCGGUCCUGCGCUGCCCGCAUCUAGCGGCUUCGCGGCUUAACCGGAACAACGAUUAUUAAUUUGUAUCAAUAAAUAAAUGUUUUAUAAUGUUUGAUUAAUGACUGCCACAUUGUUUCCAGUUAUGUUAUAUGUUUUACAUUAAACUUAGCAUUAAAAUUAGAAUUAAGCACAAUCGUGCUAACAUUAUACUAAAUUAAAUGAUUAAUAAUUAAGAAAUCAAAAUACUCGCUUAGUACGCUGUUAUUAUAAACAUUUUUAAUAAAUAUUUUUUUCUUAACUGUUUUUUUUUUUCUACCCAAUAAAUAAGCUCCUUCAAACUAGUGACUAUCUGAAGAUUUAAAAUAUCACUAAAUUUAUGGUCCCAGUCUAGCCCAAUAUAUCUUAUCACUGCACUCAUACAUAAACCGAUAUUGAUAAAAUUGGCAUUCCACGUGUGUGAUAUCACUAAUCCAAAUCUGUUAUCAGAU